AUGUGGGGAUUGGGGCUCUGUGGGCGGGGUUGGGGUCCGGGGGCGGGCGUUGGUUGGCUGCGGGCGGGGCUGGAGGGGCGGUGGGCGUGUCCGGGGGCGGAGCCGCCGCUUGCGCUGCGUCGGGCGGCGGCGGCGGGAAGAUGGCGGCGGGAGAGGGGGGCCUGCGGCGGGGGCGGGCGGCCCGGUGCUGACCGGACAGGACCUGCCGUGACCUUGACCCCGGCAUGGAGAGAAGGUCCCCAGGGUGCCACCCAUGCCCGUGAGCCUGCCCAGGUGCCAGCAGCUGCACAGAGGAUGAGUUGGUUGACCAAGCUGCACCCACGGGCGGGUGGGCACCGUGCCCCCCGCGGUGCCAGCCUGCAGAGCCCAAUCACUGCUGACCCCGAGACCUGCCUGAUGGUCUUCAAGAACCACUGGGCACAGGUGCUGCGCGUCCUGGAGCGCGGCGGCUGCCGGGCGGCGCCCGACGACCUGAGCGCGGUGAGGAACAACACCUACCAGAUGUUCAACCUCCUGGCCCAGGACAGGCCACCCCGAGGGGCAGAGGACACCUCCCCGGGCCCCAUCUUGGCCUUCGUGGCCUCGGAGAACCUCCUGGAGAGGUUGCUGCACUGGCACCUGCAAGGGGACUUCCCGGAGGAGAGGAAGGUGGAGCAGCUGAAGCUCUACGAGAUGCUCCUCAGCCAGGCCCACCAAGGCCUCCUGGGCCACAAGGCUGUCCUCAGCCCCCUCCUGAGGCUCCUCAGCCUCUGCUCCCAGCCCACCUCGGCCUCCCUGGAGAACAGCCUGGUCCUGCUCCUCAACCAGCUCUGCGUCAACGUGGCCAAGGAGCCUUCCAUCCUGGAGCUCUUCUUCCACAGCCAGGCCGACCAAGGCCCCGCCAACCUCAUCAUCUUCUCCCUCCUCAUCCCCUUCAUCCACCACGAGGGGGUCCUGGGGCAGCAGGCCAGGGAUGCUCUGCUCCUCAUCAUGGCCAUGUCCGCCGGCAACCAGGCCGUGGCCAAGUCCAUCACCGACAACUCCUACUUCUGCCCGGUGCUGGCCACGGGGCUCAGUGCCCUCUACUCCUCACUGCCACGCAAGCUGGAGGCCCGGGGGGACGAUUGGCACUGCCUGCGGCGCGAGGACUGGUUGGGGGUCUCCUCCUUGGUCCUCUUCAUGAACUCCCUGGACUUCUGCAAUGCUGUCAUCCAGGUUGCCCACCCGCUGGUGCAGAAGCAGCUGGUGGAUUACGUCCACAAUGGCUUCCUGGUGCCUGUCAUGGGACCUGCCCUGCACAAGACGUCCCUGGAGGAGCUGGUGGCCAGCACAGCCUACCUGGAGCUGUUCCUGCGCAGCGUCUCGGAGCCGGCCCUGCUCAAGACCUUCCUGCGCUUCCUGCUGCUGCACCGCCACGACGGAGCCACCAUCCUCGACACCCUGGUCACUCGCAUCGGCAGCUCCUCCCGGCUCUGUAUGGUGUCCCUGGGGCUCUUCAGGACCCUGCUCAGCCUCAACUGCGAGGACGUCAUGCUGCAGCUGGUGCUCAGGUACCUGCUGCCCUGCAGCCACCUGAUGCUGAGCCAGCGCCGAGCCGUGCGGGACCUGGACAUCUACGGGAGGGCAGCUGCCAAGUUCCUCUCCCUCACCCCCCGCUGCUGCCACCCUCCUGGGCACCUCUCAGGGCACCCCCCGGAGUGCCAGGACCGCCUGGCAGCCUGGCACAAGGGUGCCAGCAGCCCCACGUUGGACCCUUCCUCCUCCAGCACCACCACCACCUCCUCUUCCUCCUCCACCUCCUCCUCCUCCUCAGUGCCUCCAGCAGCUGCCAAACCUUCCACCCCCUCUCGCCUCUCCUUCUUCAGCCGCCAGGCCCCCGAGGCCGCCGCCACCGCCGCGUCCCCAAGGUCCCCUGGCACCCCUGGGGGCAGCCCUUGGCACCACCCCGGUGGGCACUGGGAGGAAAACCCUUGGGAACUGGAAGGGAACUACCUGGAGUACCUGCGGGACGCUCGCCGGAGCGUGGAGCGCUGCGCCUGGGCCUGCCGCGUCUGGUCCGCCCCCUACGACGGGGAGGAGCCCACCCCCGGCGCCCACUUUGGUGCCAACCCUCUGGGUGCCACCCCUGGCAACCCUCUGGACCCCCCUAACCCAGGCCCCCAGACCCCCAGGACUAAGAAACGAGGCUUGCCCGAGGAAAGCUCCGGCCAAGGGAGCCCCCCGAGGGGGGAAGGCAAAGUGGAGCCUCAAGAGGUGGUGGCCAACGGGGUGGUGACCUCCACCUCUUCUUCCUCCUCUUCUUCUUCCUCCUCCUCUUCCUCCUCUUCUUCCUCCUCUUCUUCCUCCUCCUCCGGGGCUUGGCCUCAGGAGGAUGUGGCGGUGAAGAAGGUUCGGAGGUGCCCUCAGAGGGGGCAGGAAGGGGAAGGGGAAGGAGGGGUGGGGGUCCCGGCCCAGAAUGGGACCCCUGGAGGCGAAGGCAAAGCCAAGUGGGAGGCUCUGCCCUCGGUGGAGUGCUUGCUGGAGGAGAUGUUGGCCCAGGCCCCGGCGGAGGCCAACGGCACCGGGGUCACCAUCGAGGCCUUCACCCAGGAGCUGAAGGAGAUCGAGGCCGAGAUGAAGAACGGUGCCGGUGGUCCUGGUGGUGCCGCUGGUGAGGAGGGAGUCCCAGUAGCCCCCCUCCGGGAGCUCCCUGAGCACCACCCCCACCUGUCCCGGGAGGAGGAGGAGGCCUUCGCCAGCUUCGCCGCCGCUCCCGAGGGGGAGGCGCUGGGGAGGGCACCGCCCAGGCCGCCAGAGCCCCUGGCACAGCUGCUGGGCAGCCCCCCCAGGCCGGUGGGGACACCACCCAGCCAGCCCUUCACAGGCCCCUUCGUGUCGGUGCUGUUCGGCAAGCUGGAGAACAUGCCCCACAACUCGCUCUAUGUCAACUGCCUGCUCACUGGCCUGGUGGCCCAGCUGGCCUCCUACCCACAGCCCCUGCUCCGCUCCUUCCUCCUCAACACCAACAUGGUCUUCCAGCCCAGCAUCAAGUCCCUGCUCCAGGUGCUGGGCUCAGUGAAGGCCAAGCUGGAGACCUUUGCAGCCACCCAGGAGGACUUCCCGGGGCUGCUCCUCAGAGCCAGACGCUUCCUGGUGGCCAGGGGCAGGCUGGAGGGGGGAGAAGGCCCCAGCGGGGGAGGCAGCCUGAGGAGGGAGACCCCUGGCCGCAGCCGGAAGCCCUCCCUGGGGGAGCUGCUGCUGCGCCACGCUCACAGCCCCACCCGCGCCCGCCAGGCCGCCCAGCUGGCCCUGCAGCACGCCCGGGGGGCUGCCAGCCCCUCCCCCACGGCCACCCCCCCCGCGGGCACCCCCGGGGGGAACCCCGAGGAGGCCGGGGGGGGCCCGGGGGAGGGGCCCGGGGCCGCCCCCCGGGUGAAGAACGCAGUCUACUGCGCCGUCAUCUUCAGCGAGUUCCUCAAGGAGCUGGCGGCCAUCGCCCAGGCCCACGCCGUGGCCUCCCCCUUCCUCACCGAGACCCCCCCCGAGGAGUGACCCCCA